UAUUUCUCUCUCCUCUCUCUCUCUCCUCCAUGAAACUUAACUGACUUUUCCGGCAUUGACUGACCUAUGAGUCGCCGGGGUCCGUCUCUGAGGCUCAAAGUCAGAUCGGUGGAAGUUGUUUUGUUGGAGGGAUCCCUGUGGGGAAUUUGGUCCCAAGUUGUAGUAUUGGACAUGUCCGAUACUAAUUCUUGAGAUAGGAAAGUCAGGAAAUUGGGUUAGUUUGUUGAGGGGAUGAGCUCAAGGAUGAAGUUUGGAGGGGAUUUUUCAGUUCCAAUAGAGGAGAAUUAUCGGUCCAUGCCUCCUUGGGUACCUGUAACACCACAGAAGCCUCUUCCAUUGAAGCAUCAGCAUAUCAUGCUUGAACCCUACGGUAUUCACCUACCGGCAGCAAAUUGGCAACAAGGAUAUGGGAAUGUACAAUUGGGGGAUAAUUAUUAUGGCACGAGCCAAGCUUUCAGCCCAGUUGUUCAGUUUCCUAGAAAUGUUGCUUUUUAUGGCGUUGAUGGAGGUCUGGCUCCGAAGAAUGGAAUGACAAAUCACAAUGCAGGUUCUUACUCACAGUAUCUUGGCAGUGACAGCUCAGGUUGGAAUGAUGGAUCCGUCACACAACUACUUCCUCAAGAUAAUGCAGCUGCAGUUUACGUUGCCUCUGCAAACAGGAGCAGAAGUGUUGACAUGGCAGCAAAUGCACCUCUAACUCCUAUGUUGCAUCCUCCAGUGGCCAACCAAAGAAACAGUUCAAGUAGUUUCUUGCCGGCCAACCGAAGUUGCAACAAUGGUUCAUACCCUUCAAGUGCAGUGAUGAGCAGGCCCGCAGCUGUGGAUUUCCCUUCCCAGUUCAACGACAGUCAGGGGCACUCCAAUGUAGCUAAUUGGUUGCUUAACAACGAAAAUCACAGCUCAAGUGCAAACCUGUUGAGUAGCGGUUACAGCUCAACCCAUAUAGGUGAGAAUGAUUUCAUGCCCUUGCGACCGAGCUAUGAUUUAAAUUUAAACUGCUUACCGGAAACAGAAGGCGAUACUACUUCAUGUGCUCCCAGCCAACUCCAAUUCACACCAUAUAGGGCCAAUUAUUUGGAGAACAACCAGCUUCCUUCAAUACAAACAUCACUGACAGGUGGAAGCUUGAGUAAGGAAAACGAGAAGCAUGUGAACUUUUUCACUUCUACAAGAGAUGCAGCAAUUCAGAAUCAUGGUGGAGAACUUUUGCAGAAUAUCGUGGAGUCAGCUUCUGCAGCCAUUCCUACACCAUACAAGGAAAACAAUGAUUCUGAACAUGAUGGUGACAGAGGUAUCGAUCAAAACCAGACCCCCCAGCAGAAAACACCUAAGAGAAGAAAACACAGACCGAAAGUAAUUAUAGAGGGCAAACCCAAAAGGACUCCAAAGCCUGCAAUUGAAAAGAAUGCAGAGCCUAAGGAGCGCCUAACAGGAAAGAGGAAGAACCCAAAGAAUGCAGAGCCUAAGGACCCCCGAACAGGAAAGAGGAAGUAUACGAGAAAAAAUAUCCAAAAGGAAUCCUCAAGUCAAGUGGCAGAUAGUACAAGUGAAGCAACAUACCAUAAUGCUGGAAUAGGUGCAAGAUCAUGCAGGAGAGUUCUAAAUUUUGAUCAGCGUGGAGAACAAGGAAAAGCUUAUAGACUUAAUCAGUCUAAAAUGAAGUCUUCUAAUUUGAUUGACCUAGAGAGUGAAAUGCUGGAGGAAAACCAGAGACGGGAAACUAUGAGUCACUUUAGCCCUUCACUGAGUCAUCUGCGAAGUAACUUUUUAAUUCAUCCAGAAAGACAAGAAUCUGCAGCUCUCCUAGCUACACGAGGAGACACACAAAACAAUUUGCAUGUUGCAAAAACACAUGCAGAUAGUCGAUAUGAAUCUGCUCCCAUGCCACAACAUAGCCAUGCUGAAGGUAUUAGCAAGCAUUCCAUGCAAGCAAAGACUGAUGGUGAAAACCAUGAGACGACUAAAGAGACAGCCAAUCAGGAAAGUAGUGGCACUAUCAGCAAAUCAAGCCAUAAGAAGCAGAAAGUUGACACAGGAUUCUUGUCCAUCCAUCACACGCCUUUGGAAGUCACAGCAGAUGAGGAGGGUCUUGGAAAAUUUGACAGAAAAAGGGCAAAUAAAGCCGUCUCAAAUGGGUUUGCAGCAGCACUGAACCACACAAUAUUGACUUCUUACAUUGGAAGUAGCAGAAUGAAAGAGAGAAAAAUCAAUGGGGUCAACAAGUGUACCAGUGACGGGUUCAGUGAAUCCAUUGCCUCUGCGCAUAAUUUGCCAAAGCAGCAGAUGCCUUUCAAAUCAAAUUCUUGCAAAGAAAUCUCUCCAGUUCUGAGCUUCUCCACCAACUCCACAACUGAAAUAUGUAAUCAGCUUGUCUCAUCACCUCCCAGAAAAUCCUCUCGACGAGGGAAGGGGCAAACUCAGGAACCCAAGUCAGUGACUAAGCAGACUGUGAGAUCCACCACGUUGGGAUCUGCUUUAUCAAGUACAAGUAAAAUGCUGCAAGAACAGAAUUUCUUGUAUGAUCAUCAACAGUCUUCUGCGAAGACAUUAGGGCUUCCGCUAAUAACAGUAUAUCCUUCAUGUAUGGAUGACAUCAUACAUCGAUUUAGUGUUCUGAGCAUCAAUGGGGGUUGCAAUGAAUCUAUGGAGCAAGAGCAAAAUGCACUUGUCCCAUACAAAGGAGAUGGUGCAUUAGUUCCCUAUGAACGAUCUGAGUAUAUUAAGAAACGUAAGGCACGGCCUAGAGUAGAGCUUGACUCAGAAACAAAUAGGGUUUGGAACCUUCUGAUGGGUAAGGAAGGAAGUGAAGGCACUGAAGGAUCAGACAAGGAGAAGGAGAAGCAUUGGGAAAAUGAAAGAAGGGUUUUCCAAGGUCGAGUCGAUUCCUUUAUUGCACGCAUGCACCUUGUUCAAGGGGACAGACGUUUUUCUCGGUGGAAAGGAUCAGUUGUUGACUCAGUGAUCGGUGUUUUCCUUACUCAAAAUGUUUCUGACCAUCUAUCAAGCUCUGCCUUCAUGUCUUUGGCAGCAACAUUUCCCCCCAAGUCGAUGAGCGAUGACCAAUCACUAGACAAGGUUGGGACAAACAUAUUGGUUAAAGAACCAGAACUAUGCAUUCCAGUCCCGGAUGAUGCUACCAAAUUGCCUGAAAAUAUGACAAGUCAACCAUUUAUGGCACCCUAUGAAUCUGCAGAACAUCUGAGAGAUAGUUUAACUUCCUGGACAGUGAUGAACUCAAUAGAGGAACAUAGUCAAUGCUUGGAGGAAGAACUUGUAUCAUCUCAAGAUUCUUUUGGUUCCUCAGUCACUCAAGGACCUGCAGAAAACAUAUCAUACUCAGUCUCCAAUUCUGAAGCAGAAGAUCUUACUGCUAGGCGCCAAGUCAACCGGUCUUGCUGGAAUUCAGCAUACCCACCAAUGGUCAAAGAUGUAGUAUUCCAAGACUUCUACCAUGAAGUGCAAGGAAGUCCACUAUUAGAUGAUGGAUCCAGGCAGAGCCAUAAACAAUGGGCACAGCUAAAGUCAAGAUCAAAUAGAAUAGAUGAUUUUGAUGGCACUUGUUCAGUCUCAAAUCCAAUCAAUCUUGACAGCCAAAAAAUGCGAUCAUCAAUUGAUCCUUCCAUCAGCAAUCAUUUGCACAUAUACCAAACUUCUGGAGAACCAGAGCCAUUUGGAUUGGAAAGUUUCAGUGAAGAAAGCAUAUCUUCAUGGUGGCCUUCAACUGCUUCCAAGGUCACUAUGAGGAAAGAUGAGAAUUACAAGAGCUUCAGGAAUAUAGAAUUGACAGGAACCGCUGUUAAUUCAUCCAUGGCACAAAAUACUUUAUGGAGGUCUCAAGAACCUGCCACAAAGGAUUCAUAUGAUGCUCCCAGACUGCACUCAACAGAUCAACAGAAAUAUUCUCAGCCAAGAUCCAAUGAAUAUUAUCAACCACCCUGCGACAGUCAUCAACAUGAGGGAAAUGGAACCUUCCAUUUACAGAAGACCUCAAUCAUAGAGCCCGUAAAGGAUAGUGAACAACUUCCAGAAAAGAAAAAUUAUAGUAUGCAGGAUGUCCCAAAUGUCAAUCAGCUGAAUAAGAAAUCUUCAAUUGCCAGUGAUAGUACCUCUACAGUGAACAAUGGAUCGGUUUAUUCAAGUACAAAGGAGAAAUCUUCCCGUGAAAGGUCAGAGGCUGAGACUAUUACUAAUAUUUCAAAAGGAAGAAAGAAAAAGUCUGAAAGUGACAAAAAGAAUACAGUUGACUGGGAUAAUUUAAGAAGGCAGGUGCUUGCCAAUGGUUGCAAAGAGGAAAGAAGCGAAGAUGCAAUGGACUCACUUGACUAUGAAGCACUUCUGAAUGCUAAUGUUAAAGAGAUUUCUAAUGCUAUUAGAGAAAGAGGGAUGAACAACAUGCUAGCUGAGCGAAUUCAGGAAUUCCUAAAACGAGUGGUUAAAGACCAUGGAAGCAUCAAUUUGGAAUGGUUGAGAGAUGUGCCCCCUGAUCAAGCAAAGGAUUAUCUAUUAAGUAUUCGAGGUUUGGGCUUGAAAAGUGUGGAGUGCGUUCGUCUUUUGACUCUUCACCAUCUUGCAUUCCCGGUUGACACAAAUGUGGGAAGAAUAGCAGUAAGACUGGGAUGGGUUCCCCUUCAACCGCUACCUGAAUCACUUCAGCUACACCUCUUAGAACUGUACCCGAUGCUGGAGACAAUUCAAAAGUAUCUCUGGCCAAGAUUAUGCAAACUUGAUCAAUUAACCUUGUAUGAAUUACACUACCAGAUGAUUACAUUUGGAAAGGUAUUCUGCACAAAAAGUAAACCAAAUUGCAUUGCAUGUCCAAUGAGAGGAGAGUGUAGGCACUUUGCAAGUGCUUUUGCAAGUGCUGGACUUGCCCUGCCGGGCCCACAGGAGAAGAGUAUUGUCAGUUCAACUAGUUCACCUGUAGCUGAGAAGAACUGUACUGUAGCUGGCAAUGUAAUGUCACUACCUUCACCUCAAAACUACCCCCUCCAGAAAGUAGGUGCUUACAGAAGUGAACCAAUCAUAGAAGAACCAGCAUCACCAGAGCAAGACUUCACCAACUUAGCACACAGUGACAUAGAAGACUUGUUGAAUGAGGAAUAUCAUGUUCCUGAUGAUCCUGAUGAUAUUCCUAUCAUCAAAAUCAGCAUUACACAGUUCACAGACACAUUGCAAGACCUUAUGCAAAAUAACAUGAAUCUCAAAGAAGGCGACUUGUCCAAGGCUUUAGUUGCCUUGAAUCCAAGAGCUGCUUCUGUACCUACACCCAAGCUCAAGAAUAUCAGUCGACUACGGACAGAGCACCAAGUGUAUGUAUUACCAGAUUCACAUCUACUUUUGGAAGGGAUGGACAGAAGAGAACCAGAUGAUCCAAGCCCAUACCUUCUUGCUAUAUGGACACCAGGUGAAACUGCAAAUUCACUUCAACCACCAGAAAGCAGCUGUAGCUCCAAAGACAGAAACACAUUGUGCAAUGAGAAGACAUGCUUUUCAUGCAACAGUAUAAGAGAAGAAAAGUCACAGAUAGUCAGAGGGACAAUUUUGGUUCCUUGUCGAACAGCAAUGAGAGGGAGCUUUCCACUCAACGGCACAUACUUUCAGGUUAAUGAGAUGUUUGCAGAUCAUGCUUCUAGUGUCAACCCAAUCGAUGUUCCAAGGGAGUGGAUAUGGAAUUUGCCAAGACGAACUGUGCACUUUGGAACUUCUGCAACAUCAAUAUUCAGAGAUCUAUCAACAGAGGAGAUCCAGCACUGCUUUUGGAGAGGAUAUGUUUGUGUAAGGGGCUUUGAGAGAAGUACAAGAGCACCAAAACCCCUAAUCACCAGAUUGCAUUUUCCGCAGAGUAAGAUGACCAAGACAAGAGAUGAACAAUAAGGAACUGAAGGAUAAAACAGACCAUGCUUAAGAGAAAAAAUUUCAUCAAGACAUCAGAUCACUGACUUUAUGAAAAGAAGAACAAUGACUAACAGAUUCUAGCGCAUUCAAUUAUUUUUCCUCUAGCAUGAGAGGCAUUCAUUAUACCAUAGGCCAGUAGCAAAAAGCAGUAUCAGAUAUACAAGUUAAAAAUCUCAUCAUAGGUUUUUUGUAAAGGAAUAAUCCCCAUUGUUAUUGUUUCAAUAAAUGGUCAAAAGUGAGCAAUUUCUUUUCCAUUCUCAAUUUCACUAGUCAAGAAUAUUAAUUUUAGUUUGCUUCAUGGUCGAUCAAUAGAAAAUUCUCAUGCAAAGGAUAUAAGUGUCCCAAUAAAAGCCACAAGGAUG